AUGCGUGAACGGGACAUCCCGUACACAGCAGUGAGCACCCCCAGUGGUAUGCUCUGGGAGUGGCUAGUGAUGCUACAGGGGCUAAGUAACGUCCCCGCAACGUUUAUUAGAUGUGUUACGAACCUGUUGCGAUUGGUACGCGAUAUCGCACCGAGUUACUUCGACAAAGUCUUCGUACAUAGCCGGGCUAUGGAUGGAAAGACGGACGUGGAGGUUCAUAGAAUCCACGUCCGGAAGGUUCUUACACUAGUGCGAGAGCAUAAGUUGUUCGUGAAUCUCAAGAAGUGUAUAUUCGCAGCAAACGAAAUACCACUUCUUGGCUGCAUCGUGGGUAAAAACGGUGUACGCCCUGAUCCGGAAAAGAUCAAGGCGAUUAUCAACUGGCCUGUGCCAGUCGACGUUCAGGGAAUUCAAAAGUUCCUUGGAUUGGCGGCGUACUUGCACAAAUACUCGCGCAACUACGCCGAGAUGACCGCACAUCUCUCUCGUCUACUAAAGAAAAACGAGAGAUGGUCAUGGAGCGCUGAGUGUCAGCACUCUUUUGAAGGCAUCGAGAAAAGCUUGAUACAAUCGCCUGUCUUGGCGAUUGCGGACCAAAACAGACCAUUCUAUGUGGUCUGUGACGCCAGCGAUUUUGCAAUCGGCUGCGCGUUAAUGCAGUAA